AUGUCUACGAAAGCACUCGAAUGCGGUGCUGAUACACCGAACCACACCGAGAAGGAUCUCGCUGCCACUAAGGGUGCUAUCCUGCACUCAGAAUCGGUUGACGGAGAGACCUUGCGAUACACCACUGGGCCGCCAGUCGAAAUCGACAAGGCCACCAACAGACGCCUCUUUUGGAAGAUCAAUCGCCGGAUCCUGGUCAUUCAGCUGGUCACGUACUUUUGCCAAGCGCUUGACAAGGGAACUCUAAAUUUUGCAUCGAUAAUGGGCAUUAAGAAAGACGCAAACUUAGUCGGACAGGAAGUUGGUGGACUCCUGGCAUUUGGCGUGUCGCACUUUACAAAUGGACCCAUCAAGAGCUGGCAGCUCCUAUUCCUCAUCCUCGGUCUCGCAACAUGCGUUUGGUCCUUCGCCAUAAGUUAUUUUCUGCCUGACAGUCCAAUGGCAGCCAAAUGCUACUCGGAGGAUGAGAAGCGCAUGUUCAUCGAGCGUGUCCGGCACAACGAAACGGGUAUCAGGAACAAAGAGUACAAGAAAUACCAGGUCAAGGAGGCCUUCACUGACCCCUUUGUGUGGUGCUGCGUUUUGCUAAUCACAGUCGCCAAUCUGAUUAUUGGUGGUCUCGGUGUGUUCUCUAACCUUAUCAUUCGCGAGUUUGGGUUUUCACUCCUACAGACUCAGCUGCUCAACAUUGCUCAGGGAGCUUGGUUGAUCAUUGUAAUGAUCGGAUCUGCACAAGCUUGUCAAAAGUCGGGUCAAAAUUGUCUUAUGAUGGUCGUAGGUCAUUCACUUGUUGAUUUGUGGGCCACUUGA